UCAAUGUGGUGUGGGUUCAAAAUAAAUGGGCAUGUUAUACCGGAAAGGAGAUUAUGCUCUCAGCUUCUCUUUCUGCCUCCUCCUCUCUGAGAUUGUUUAGAGUCGAGCGGUGUGUGGGACACAGACAGUUCUCCAGUGCAGCAGCCAGUGCCGUACCAGACCCGCGUCCGUCAUGUCUCAGGCCGUCCCGCCUCUUCUCUCGGUUCACCCGUCCCGGGCUCUGGUGGAUGAGAAGUUCAGCGUUCUGGUGGAGAACCUGCCUCCAGGAUGUCCGGUCACCAUCCGCUCCCUCUAUCAGAGCGAGGAUAAGGACUUCUGGGAGGCCUAUGGGCACUACGUCAGUAACCACCAGGGGACGGUUUCUGUUUCAGAGGACAUCAGCCUUGGAGGCACGUACACAGGAAAAGAGGCCAUGGGCUUGUUGUGGAGCAUGCGACCAAUCCCCGGCAGCCGCAAAGGCCUCAGGCUGAGGAAGAAGGACACCUGUGCCCCAAUGCUGGUGACCAUCUCAGUCUACAGUGGACAUGAGGACGUCAGGGAUCAGGCCCCGCUGGCGUCGGCGCUCGUGGAGAGGUGGUACAUGGCUCCAGGCGUCCAGAGGAUCGAAAUCACAGAGAAGGGAGUUCGAGGAACCCUGUUUCUACCUCCAGGUCCAGGACCGUUCCCUGCCAUGCUGGACCUGUGGGGGGGCGGAGGGGGGCUGCAGGAGUACCGCGCCGCCCUGCUGGCGUGUCGAGGUUUUAUUUCUUUAGCUCUGGAGUAUUUCAACACCAAUGAUGCAAAACCCAAAGGUCUGGAUAUGAAGUGCUUUGAGACGGCCUUUGAAAUCAUCAGGAGCCAUCCUCAGGCCGUCCCAGACAGAGUUGGAAUCAUCGGCCUCAGUUACGGUACGCUGAUGACCUUAAGCCUGGCAGCAGAAUGUCCAACGAUCAAGCCAAGCUGCAUUGUUUGCAUCGGCAAUGCUCACAGUAAAUUCCUAGAAGAAAAAGUUCUUAAGUUCCACAAAGAAAUACCAGACAGGAAGUAUAACAAAAUCCACAUGAUGGAGGAUGCCGUAGUCAAGAGAGACAUGGGACUGGCUGUUCUGGAAGUUGAGCAUCCUAAAGUCAAAGUGGGGAACAUUGACUGUCCAAUGUUGUUGAUCAACGGCACAGACGAUCAGAACUGGCCGACGGUGGAGGUUGCCUCUGACAUAAUCAAGAUGAUGCGUGAAGCCGGGAAGGAAUCUCUGGUGACCCGGCUGGAUUACCCGGAUGCAGGACACCUGAUCGAGCCGCCGUUCUCGCCUCACUUCAGAGCCGCCAACUUCAUGCUUCAUGGCACCAAGAAAAAAGUGAUGGUGCUCUGGGGAGGAAAAACCAAACCUCACGCCGAUGCUCAGGAGGACUCCUGGAAGAAGAUCCUCAGUUUUCUGCAGCUCCAUCUUUACGGCGCUCCCAGCCUCAAAGCAAAGAUAUAAAUGAAGAGGAGGGAAAGUGUUGAGACACUCUGAUCUCUCAGAUCAAAGUGUCUAAAGUUUUUUUGUAUGUGUGACAGAUGGAGUGGAUAGGGUAAACAACACCCCCACAUAUACAAGAAACUCAAAGGCGCUUUAAGAAUAAUGAGGCCAAGACGUUGUACCAGUUUAAAAUAUUUUUAUUAAGGCUAAAAUUUAUUAAAAAGAAACACGAUCACACUUGGGAGUUAAGAUUGGAGAGGAGGCCCACCAACAGAGGGUUAGUACAGAAGGCUAGCACACAUGGAGAUCCGCAAACAAAGAUUAAAAAAACAAAAAUUGACCUCACUUUGUGGCAUGUACACAUGUGAAGGAACGAAGUCCACACCAGAACACAUCACAACGUAGCCCACAGGGGUCUCACUCCCAAAGGAACAAUAGCAGACAUAGAGGACAGUUACGAGUACCUUGGAAUUCCGCAGGCAAAUGCCAACAAGGAAAGCUGCA